AUGUUUACAAAUUUCAAUCGACGGUUUUUUAAGGGAGCACUAUUUGUUGCUGUGCUUUCUUUUACAUCCUUCAUGGGUACAAUUGUCAUUAUGGGACCAACUUUGAUUUUGCUGUGGUUACGGCCGAGUUGGUUUCGUUGGAUAAACGAUCGACUUAUGGUAAUAUGGCUUACUCUGCCUCCGGUACGACUUAUCUGAAUUCAAUUUACCUGUUUUUUUAUGCUUUCUUUUUCAGUCUCUACUGUGCCAUGUACUUAUCCGCACUUCUAAUGCUUCAAGAUUAGACUGUAUUCAAAAAUUACUUUGUUAAAAACUACUUACAUCUCUCGCCUCCAAAUUAUGUAUACAUGUAUAUGCAAAUGUUUUCCUGUUUAGCCCCGUCAGAAAAAAAUGUUGUAAAAACUGACUUUUUCGGAUAUAAGGAAGUGUUAUAAAAUCAAUUCAAAAGUGUUCCUGUCUUCAAGCCGUAAAUUUUAUAUCCGCAACAUGUCUCCUUCUAGUUCAGUCAUCUGAUGACAAAUAUGUUUCCACAUCAAUUAUUCCUGGUGCCCCUAGGCUGUAUAAUGCUUUUAAAAUAUUGUUUUUUUCCUUUUUCACGUUGUGUGGUUGGCUACAAUCAUUUCUUUUCAAGGCAUUAUUAGGUAAGUAAGAGUUUCUGGGCAGUCAACUAUUAGAGGUGUUAGGGAGAUUUUUCUUAACCCGUGAAAAAGGGUGUAGAAUACUUCACGCUAUAUGCGCUAAAUUCCAUUGUCUUUUUUGUUUACUUGUAGGUAUUUUGCACUAGUUGUUAUUCUCUGUUUCACCGGUCAAGUAAAAUCACUCUACCAGCCUGAUGCGUCAGAGGUUUUGUGAUGAAAUCUUAAUAGCAUGCAGCCUUAGUGACAGGGUUCUUUAAUACGCUUUCACUAUGGCUCCUAUAAAUGUUUUAAAAAUAACCUGACUGUAACUCUGUUAUCUAUGCUGUACGGUUUCAAAUGAGCUGGCAGUGAAGGGCAAAUCCAAAACAAACAUUUGUUAGUUCUAGAGUCCCGUUUAUGUAGACAAAACUUGCCCCAGGAGGAAGGUUCACUCGCCUUCCCGAGCCCUGGGCAAGCCAACUUCCACAAACAUGGCGAACCGUUUACAUAUCUCGCUCGAUUUUUGGAAAGGUUACCGCCAAAUGGACGUCUUCCGUCAAACAGUAUUUUUUCGGCCAAAAAUUAUCUCCAAAAUAGCCAUUAUAAAAACUGAAGUUUGCAACCAUUGCUUCUUUCUUCUCCUUCGUUCUUUCUUUUAAGUGCCUAUCGGGCACAAGGAACCUGCCUUUUGGCCAUUUUUCACUCAAAUGGCUGCAAAUUUCGUUA